ACGUAACAUACUGUUCGCAACGCUAUAUAUAUCGCUAUCUUGGCAGCCACGAUCCCAGCAUUCCAAAUAAGCUAUAUAGAUCAUCAUCAAGACUACGUAUUAUUCACUAUUCAGGGCAUCCAUCGAUCAGAGAAGAGAGACGAGCGAUCGAUGGCUGAGGAGCUGAAGCUGCUGGGGUCGUUGUCCGGCGUGAGCCCGUACGUGAUCCGCGCGCAGAUGGCGCUCGCCGUCAAGGGCUUGGCGCACGACUACCUCCCCGAGGACCUCACCCGCAAGAGCAAGCUCCUCCUCGACAGCAACCCGGUGCACAAGUCGGUGCCCGUGCUCAUCCACAACGGCAAGCCGGUGUGCGACUCGCUGGUCAUCGUCGAGUACGUCGACGAGGCGUUCCCCGGCGGCGCCGCCGCGCUGCUCCCCGCCGACCCCUACCACCGCGCCGUCGCUCGCUUCUGGGCCGCCUUCAUCGACAGCAAGGUGUUCCCUCCGUGCCUUGCCAUUCUGAAGACGGCGGCGGCGGAGGCGGAGGAGGAGAAGGCGGCGAAGGUGAAGGAGACGGUCGAGGCGCUCCAGCUCGUGGAAGGGGCCUUCGGUGAGUGCUCCAAGAGGAAGCCGUUCUUCGGCGGCGACGCCGUCGGGUACCUCGACGUCGUGCUCGGGUGCUACCUGUGCUGGUUCGAGGGGGUAAGCGAGAUCGCUGGCGGUGUGUCGCCGCCGCUCCUCGACGCGUCGAGGACGCCGCAGCUGGCCGCGUGGGCGGCGCGCUUCAGAUCAGCGGCCGAUGCAGUCGGAUGCUCGGUUCCUCGGGUGGACAAGGUUGAGGCUUACCUCAACAACGUGCUCAAGCCGAAGUGGAGUGCCGCCGCCGCGGCGUCCAGCCAUUAAAAUUCCAAUCCGUAUUUGUAUUUUGAAAAGUUUUUGAGCGUACCGUCAAGUACGUUAUUGACGGCAGGAAAAUGCCAAGAGUUGGACGUACUACUGCUAUGAAUUAUUAUUUCAGUGGAUUAUAGAAUCUUGAACACGCGACCUGUCUCUGCUACAAAUUGA